AUGCUCGGUGUCGAAGGCUACGGCAGUGACAGCGACAGCGACACCGAAAAGUCGUCGAUCUCCCUUCCGCCGCCUUCGAAAAGCACCAAUGCUGUUCCCUCGGGCUCAAAACCUGCAGGAGGCUUGUCGCUGCCUCCGCCUAAAGCCAAGCGGCCAAAGAAGAUAGCCAUCGGUUUGCCAGAUCUACCUCCAGAAGGUGACAAGAACGACGACGACGGGCCGCCUGCGAAGAAGGCCCGUAUAGAGCCUGGCGCACGCACAUCAGGAUUGCUCUCCAUGUUGCCGGCUCCGAAGAACAAGGCGCCUGUUCUUGCUGCUCCGGAACGUGUCGUCCAAGUCGGCCUUGUGGAGGAUGUGCCAGACGAUGACCAAUACGACCAGGAUGAGUCUACGGACGCACCAGAAGCACCAGAGGCAUCUAAGGCGCCGUCUUCCCUACCGUUUCUGCCUCCAUCACUUGUGAAAGGGAAAGCUAACGUGUCCGUGGAAGAGAAGGCCGAGCGACCUAGGGCUGUCCGCUCUGUCAUUUCGGCACCGGCUGUCGACUUCUUCUCGUUAGGUUCGUCCAGCAUAUCCAGUGCUCCAUCUGCCGUCAAAGCACCACCUUCCAUGCCUGCAUCCUCCCCACCGAAACUGCCCCUCAUUCCGGGUGUCUCCUCCGCUCCCAAGAUAGAGGACUUCGUCCCUCCCGAACCCACACCUCAAGAUUCAUAUCCCGGCUACUACAUGCUACCCACAGGUGCCUGGGCUGCCUAUGAUCCCGACUACUACCGCAAGUUCUACGACAAAUGGAAGAAAGAUUACGACAAUCAUGUGCGAGGUCAGCGCGAUCUCGGAGAUGGAGAGGGCGAAGAAGAGAUUCAGGAUAGGGAAGAGAAGAAGGCACUGACGACAGGAGGCGCGGACGUGCCUGUUGCACCGAAGAUGAACAUCAAGGGUGCCGCUCUUGGUGGCAGAGCCCGAACUCGACAUCAAUUGUCUACACUGCUCACGGAGGCUUACCAAAACCGGGAGGCAUUGGAAGAGCAGAUUGCUCAGGGUCGGCGGAACCGAAAAGAGGCCGGCAACAAGCUUCUGAGACGAUUGUUCAACUCAUUGUACUAG